AUGUCAUCACGGCCAGCUCCGAGGAGCCUCAGGCCUUGAUUCAAGCAAAGGAAGAAUUUGGCAGCCAGUCGGGAGGAAGUGGCUGGAAUCCAGGCAAAGUUCCCAAACAAGAUCCGGGUGAGACCUGGCGCCUCCUUCGCGGACCCGCGUGAGCAGUCCCUGCCCCUGCUGGGCAAAACCGAGUUCCGGGUCCCGCGGGAGCUGACGGUGAGCCAGUUCCUGGACAUCAUCCGGAGCCGCAUGCCCCUGAGGGCCCUGGAAGCCUUUUACUUGCUGGUGACAAAGAGCCUGGUCAGCAUGAGUGUGGCCAUGGCAGAGGUCUACAGGGACCACAAGGAUGAGGACGGCUUCGUGUCUGUGACCUACGCCACCCAGGAGACAGCAGCACCCAUGGGAGGGAGAGGGCCUGGGGACAGAGCCAGGGACCUCGAGUCUGCGUCAGGAAGAACUCAUCCCCUGGGGCGGCGCAAGGGACCCUGUGACUUCUCCCACAUGUCCCGGGCAGGGUCGGGACGCAGCAAGCCCAGGGCCUUGGGCUCUGCCAGGGACAGUGAGGCUGCGGCCUUGCUGCUUUACUUCCUUUGUCCUCCGUGCUCUGGUGAUCUCUAA